GGUGCAUAUGCCAUACAGCAGGGUGUUUAGUUAGAGUGCUAGUACUGCUAGUGCAUUUCAGUAUUAGAUCGGUGGUCGUUCAUAUGGAGGGGGAUUUCAUUUCACUGACUUGAAUAAAGCAUUAAACGGUUAUUUCUCUUCUCGGUUCGGUUCGCUUAUUCCUUGUUGUCGUAUGGUUCGCUAGCAAUGCGGACUCGUGAGCUCUGAGCUCAGCUCGAAGUGGUUUUUUAUCUCGAAUUCGAUGCGAUUUUAUUCCGUUCGCGUGGUUUGUGUGUUUUUUUAAAACCUUACUUACCUGUCCUUUUUUUCUCUCUUUAUUUGUGUGUGAAUCGAUUGAAUAGUGAAAUCUCACAUACUCGUAUAGUGAUUCUGAUUGUGUCUGUGUUGUUAGAUUACUCGCCUUUGUUUGUGUACGUAUAGUAUAAUAUGUUUACCGGUAUUUUUAUAUACUCGUGAUCGUGUUCUGUUCGUGUAUUUAGAACUCGAUGCGAACGGUGAUUUGUGCUGUAUUACUUAUUCUUCUCAUCUAAUUUCCGGGAAUAAGCUUAUAUGUAUAGUUAGCGGUUGAAAUGAGCUACGGUUCGGUGUAAACUUUGGAAAUCACGUUUUGUAAGAAUCCCAAACCAACCCGAUGACUGGAACGGAGCCGGUCACCGCGGACGAGGUAACGCUACCGCCACCACCGGCGAAAAAUCCCACCACCAAAUUGGAAGACUGCAGCCGCGGCGACAGCCCUUGUAAAGAAAGCGCCACCCAAGAUGGCAGCGACUCCGGUGUCGAAAUGAACACAAAAUGCCGUUACCAUCGCCGAAGCACCUGCGAAGCUGACCAAGAAACCGACGGCGGUUACUCGACAGUCAGCUCGUGCACACAAUCACCUUAUCUAACCACAGAGACACCUCCACCACCAGAGCUCACUCGACAACUGACUCCCGGAGACGGCGAAUCGAACGGCGAAAGUUCGCUAAUAUCUUACGACGGUGCCAGCGAAAACGGCAGCGAAAGCUCAUCGGUCGACGACGCGGCCAAAAAAUGCCAUCACCAAAGACCAAACUGUAUAAAUUUGCAAAAAGUGUACUCAGCCAAAGGCUGCCGGCAAACGCCGCCGACCGGUCGCCAAAGGUUGACCUCGUUUACCGACUCGCCCGCCGCAGUAAUGACGUCGAGCUUUCGCGCCUCAUGCGGUAGGCAGUCGGCGACACCGGGCACGAAAUGCGUGCCGAAUUGCGAUAGUCCCAGUCCGACAGAUAGACGUACGCUGCGCUCGUGUUCCGGUACCAGGACAUCGACGUCCAGAAUGAGUUCCGGUGCCGGAAGCUGCGACGAAGCUUCCAAAUGGUCGUCGCCUUCGUCGUCGUCGUCGUUGUCGUCGUCCGCGAAAAAGCCCUCGUUACCGUAUACUAGUUUGAGCGAUCCGAGAAGUACCAAUAUAUUCGAAACGUACGCUACGUUGCCGCGCAGAAAGCAGAAAGAAAAUGUCGAAAGGAGUCCGAGAGAACCGAGCCUCAACAGGGCUGCUAGUCUGAGGAAGAAGUUUUUAGAAAAUUCGCUAAUGACUACUUCGCUGAAUUCAUCGAUGUCGCCAACGUCGUCGUGUUCUCCCGGUACGAAGACGAUGCCGCCGUAUGUGAAGUACAGAGGGAAGACGAAGAUUUAUCAAGAAGUUUCUACUCAGACUAUGUUAACCAAUGGGGAUGUCGAUAAAGCCCUCGGAGACAGACCGUUUAAGAUUUUUAACGAAAGAGUUCCACCGCAGAACGAUACGUGCAUUAAAGAUAAACAACGUAAUGAAGAACAACUAGCCGAAUUGAAGAAACUUAGGAAAGAAAACAGCAAGCAGAGAACGGUCAUCGAAUGGCUGGAAGGCGAAUUGGUGGCGGCCAAAGAUGAAAAACUCAAAAUUCAAAAUCGAUUCGUCGCCGUUGAGCAGAGGAUAUCUAAUUUAUUAACGUAUAAAGGUUCAGGAACUGGUGACGAUAUGAUAGCGCAAUUAGAACGAGAAGUGGCUUGCAGUAAUAGUAUGAUAUCAAAACAGCAAAAGGAAAUCGCCGAAUUGCAGCAGCUGUGUUGUUAUAUGCAAAAAGAUUUGGAUUCGAUACAUUUAGCUCAAAAAGCCAACGAAGUCGAAUCGCUCGAAUUACAAGAAUUCCUGCAAGCUGAAAAAUCAACAUUGACUGACUCAUUGAAGGAUCUCGAAACUGAGUUGAACGCUUGUAAAAAACGACUCAAAGAACAAGAAGAAGAGCUAACGAACAAAAUCAACGAAUGUACCAGUUUAAAUGCUGUGUCUGAACGAUUAAGGCAAGAAAAUCAAACAUUUAGAACUCGUUUAGCUACCUUAGAAAGAAGAUGUAAAGAACUGCUGGUACAUCAAGGAGCAGUCACUUCCAGCGCUUCGGUCGCCCUAUCCGGAGUCGGCUCCAGAUUCGAGCAGUUACUCGACCAGUUGACCAGUAAUUACAGUAUCACCGACAAUGAUCUAAAAGAUGAAGUUUACCAAAAUAUCGAACCGGUGAUGAACGGGUACAAGAAAUUGAACGACGAUAACGAUAAUAACGAAGAAGACGAUACAAAUCGUAACUUCGCAACGCCCUUAUGGCUAAAAGCUGUUGGUAACGUGAUGUCUGCCAAACAAAACUGCACAGACGCCGACUCGUCGAAAACCAACCCCCUCGUGGAGUGCUCAGGCUGUCAAAAAUCAUCGUCUUCGAUCGUCAACGAAGAUUCUCUAUCGUUAUCGAAGGUAACCGAAGACGGUGUCAUAGCAGACGAAGAAGAUAGCAGACGUAAUUCUAUCUUAUCCGACGUGUACACGACGGACGAUAAUUUGACUUUGGAUUUCGGUAUCAGCGAAGCUCUCACCGAUAUCUCCGAAAGCGUGAUGAUGCGUAAAAAUCUGACAUUAGAACGAUUCAACGCCGAGAGUUUUAAUCACGAUGUUUCCCUGGUGGAACAAGUUUUAGAAGUUGAUAAUCUAGUGUCGAAAGUUUUUAAAGCUAUUUUAUACAUCGAAACGAACAAAACCAACCGUUGAACGGUUACAUUUUAACGCUUAUAUUUAUUUUAAUAAAUGUUUUAAAUUUUA